UUUGCUCAAUUAUGCGGUUUACAAUUGCCGCUUGGGCUACACCCAAGGGAUGUCGGACCUCUUAGCCCCGUUGUUAGCCGAGCUCAAUUCCGAAAUCGAGGCCUUCUGGUGUUUCGCGGGUCUGAUGCAGCGAUCGGUGGCCGUGUGCACCCCCACCGACACGGACAUGGACAGGAAUCUGUGCUACCUGCGAGAGUUGGUGAGAAUAAUGGUGCCGGACUUUUACGCGCACCUGCAGAAGCACGCGGACGCCUUGGAGCUUCUGUUUUGCCAUCGGUGGAUACUCCUGUGUUUGAAGAGGGAAUUUCCAACCGAGAUCGCGUUGAUCAUGUGGGAAGCCUGCUGGGUCAAUUACUUAACGGAUCAUUUCCACUUGUUCCUCUGCCUAGCCAUAAUGUGCGUUUACGCGGACGACGUGAUCGCGCAGGACCUCAGGACGGACGAGAUGCUGUUGCACUUCAGCUCGUUGGCCAUGUACAUGGACGGGAACGUCAUACUGAGGAAGGCACGAGGCCUACUCCACCAUUUCCGUCAGCUUGUACGCUUACCCUGCACGUUAGCCGGCUUGUGCCGCCAAUGCGGCCCGGGUAUGUGGGACAGCACGCACGACCCGGUGAUAGAGUGCGUGGGCCACGAGGACACGCCUUGUCCUUAUUUAAAUAAUUACGAGUAACCUUCUCGUUUCAGAAGGAAGGCAGAAGGGAGGAAAUCAGUAUUACUUAGGGCUGUUGAUCCCUUGCGGUCGUCUUGCUUGAUGACGUCACGUGAGCGAGAACACAUGUGUCCAAAAUUCUUACGAAGCACGAACGGUGAGAUAAAAGAACAUGUCCGUAAAGUGACAUUUGCGAUCGAUUCACGGGACACUUGUCAUACGUUCCGAGAAAACUUUUCUUUUAGAAUUGUUAUAACAUGCAACUUUCCUUUUUUAACUUACCUACCUUUUUCCAUGAUCUUAUCACGUUAAUCUUACGGCUAUUUAUUGAUCGUUAGAAGGUAACUCUUCGGAAUAUUUUACACGUGCUCGAUCGCAGGUAUUUUCUGUUGAUAUAUCCCCUUAUUUCAACGUAUUCCGCAAGAAUUCUGAGCAUAAGUUUUCUCGUCUCUGACGUUGUUAAUUUAGAUGGCUGUGCGUUGAAGAGAGGGAAACCUUAACGCGUGGAUCCACACUUAUUUCGUCGGCUCAUUCAAUUGUAAACCCUUGUUCUCUCUUUCUCUCUACACGGAUCCUCCUUUGUAUUCGUAGCGUAAGUUUUGUACGGCCACCGAUCUGUCGAGUUUAACGUUACACAGAGUUCGACUGUGUUGGCCACGCUCCUUGGGUUUACGCGCAAAUAAGUAAUGUGUAAUUGUGCGUCUUUGUGUUGUACCAAGCUGUAUCGAGGACACUACGGAUGGGCGAAGCGCCGCCGCAACCGGCGAGGAUACGUGAAAAUUAAUUAUCUCUCCGUUACCUCACCACCACGUCAACACAUCAGUCCAAUAUAACGCCGCAAUAUAACGCCGAAGCGUUCGAAGACAUAUCUCGCGAGACCCGACAUUUCCAGGGCGAAAUUCAUCGUCGAUCGUGAAGUUAAAAAGCUCGUAAGAGCUCUGACUCAUAGUAGUACGUACGUACAGACAUACUCGCGACGCAACGUUAAAAAAAGGAAAAAAAAAA